AUGUCUACCAAGCAUCAUAUCACCAAUCUCCCUCUGGAGAUAAGGGGGCAAAUCUUUGGCGAGUACUUCAAAGUCCAAGGGGGUUACAUCUAUGACAGCAAGGCGGACAAACUCAGGAACGCUGAUAAUACCCCGAUCGACCUUUCUCUCGUCUACACAUGUCGCUCAAUUGCCCACGACUGUAGGCACCUCCCUCUGGCCGUUAAUGCGCUUCAUUUCUCCACCCUCUAUCGCGAGGACUGGCGCAGUCUAGCCGGAUGCUUCAACCUCGCAGCUACCUACUACAAUGUUUUGCAGCAAGACCUCGUCCUGCAUCUUGCCCACCUCAUCACACCAGAAAUGCACGCUCAACUCGAAAAGAGGUUCCCAACCUUCCGGUCGAAACUCGAAACCGAACGAAAAGCUCAUAUCCGCGCCUGGAAUACCCACGAUGAUGUCAGACCGGUUGAAGACACGGACACUACGAAUACAUCGGAACCAGUGCGGCCGGCUGUGUGCGAGUUCAUACGGGAGUUCUACAAGGAUGCAGUCUCUGCUGCCGAAAAAAUGUCGCCGGGUGAGUAUCGUGGCUACUGGGAUAUUGAUGAGCAGUUGCGACACCAUGACUCUCCGAGGUAUCGUACUCCGGUAGACUGGGACAUGUGCGACAAUUGUUACCAAAAUUGGACCGUGCACUCUGGAGAAAUUUAUCAAUGUCUACCACAUUGCCUACGGCUCAUCGCGGAUAGGAACCCCCAGGAAUUUGCUGCUCACUUAUACGUAUGUUUGCCGCAUUGGGAUGGGAAGUAUCCGGCAGAAGAUUUCUUUCACUUACGAUUCGAACAUUGGGCUAUUCCCUCCCGAUCUCAGGUCGCACAUGUCUUGGAUCUUCUUGGGGUACCUGAUUUCGUAUGGAAACUUCCCGAUAUCUGGUCCUAUGAUUCCAGAUUCACCCACGACGUUGGCGAUAAUCCCUCACCUGGCCACUUCCCCAGAGAGUACAACCAUCCUACAGUCAAAUUUGAUUCGCGUAUUCGCGAAAAGACCAGGUUCUCUGCCGCCUCUGCCGCGAUUCGAUUUCUUGAUUCGCUAACUUAUAAUCAACGUAUCCAAUUGCGCACGAUAACCAUCCAUGAGGACUUGCCGUCAGUAAACAACGCCUCACUUCACGGCCUUGGACUGGUUCCUUUUUUACAGGAAAACCCCCUACUCCGAGUUCAACGUCGCGUCAGUGUUCUUUAUUGUUUCCUGGGGAUCGCUUAUAUGGACCUUAUAUCCGUCGAUCGCAUCAAUGUCCGACUCAAGACGGAUUCCUUUUGGAACGUCUCCGAUUGGCCAAUGUUAGGGACGCUGUCCCGCUGGUUUCUCGAUGCUCGUAACGUGGCCAAUGCAGGCAUUUCUCCUGGAUCAUUUACCUUGGUGCUGGAAUCAGGGACUGACGCCGACUUUUGCACAGAAGUCUUUGAGCGAUUCGUCCACCCUAAGAUUGCUUUGAAGCAGGCCUGGGAUGUAUUUAUGGAAAGCGGUCUGAAUCCCACAGAACGAACACCGGAAAGGCUCUCUCUGGAACGAGAGAUGACGAUGAUAACGCGUGAUCUUGCUGUAGGAGAAAUAAUCCAGGAAGCCAUUAUGCAGCUGGUCAACCAGACAUCAACCACCUUGCGAUGCGACUUCAAUCCAGGGCUUCCCAAGAACCAUCUCAUCAUAUUAGAGGAGAUGAGAGCUGAUCCUGAAGGCCUGUGGGCCUACUGGGAACGUAUGAUUGAUAUGAGAGACCUGCCACUACCUGAACAUCUCAGAGUCAGGGAGACACUGGCUCAAUGCUUCGAUAUUCAGACAGGAGAUGAAUAUUUUCAGUCACAGGCACGCGACCAUCAGUAG